CCCCCGCAACCCCCCUCGAGCAAAAUGGCCAGCGGCAUCGCUAUCGCGGACAAGUGUGUCGAAGCGUACAAGGCGCUGUCCAAGCGCGAGUACGGCAGCAUCAUCCUCAAGAUCAACGAUGACAUGUCCGAGGUCGGCGUCGACAAGUGCAUGCCGCCCAGCGCAGGCGAUCUCGAGACCGAGUGGAAGAACCUCGUCUCCGGCCUCCCAGAGAACGGCUGCCGGUACAUCAUCUCUGACUUCUCCUGGAAGGAGACCCCGACCGUUACCAAGUCUAAGAUUAUCAUGAUCCUUUGGUCGGCUGAGUACGCCCCCGUCCGCCACAGGACGGUAUAUGCCGCGUCCAAGGAGAGCGUCGCCACCAAGAUGGCGGUGCAGAAGUCGAUCCAGGCCGUCGAGUUGGAGGAUAUCGCUUACUUGGCAAUCAAGCGCGACGUCACCAAGUAACUCCCCUAAGCCUUCCCCGACCGCGUCUCACCCAACGAGAGAAAGAAGCACGUCUAGCGACUCUGGUUUUCCGCCGUCUCUAAAGUUAUCCUUGCUGUCA